GGGUGGGGUAAUCGGGUAGAGCGAGCGCUGGAGUGAGAGGCGCUGGUGGUGAAUGGAGAGGACUGAAUUUCCCCACCUCUAAAGAACUCUGCUGCCUGUCCAUCGCUGUCUUUGCGCGGGAGCAGAACGCGCAGUGGAAUUACCCAAAGCGCUUGCAGAGGGCUUACGGAGUAUUUGUUUUUCUCCAAGCCAUUUUUCUUUAGUUAACUCGUAUUCAACUCGUAUUUAUCUGCCUGAACAUCAUAGAAGUCGUUCGUCACACAGUGUCGUGGGAUAGGAUAUUGCCAAGUAUCGGAGCGCGACUUAAAUCCCUUUUUAGAAGUCCAGUCACUUUUUCUUGGAUCUACUGCUGCGCGUCUGUUUCGAAAUGCUGGUCGGAAGGAGAUCGUGUUGGAGGCAACUGCAAGCUUCUUUUUUUAGACUCCUGUGUCUUAUUCCUACAGGGUUCCCCGUCCGAAGUGUGGAUAUGCAGCGAGCGACCGACAACAUCACUAUCCGCCAAGGUGAUACAGCGGUAAUCAGGUGUUACGUGGAUGAUAAGGUGUCCAAGGUGGCCUGGCUCAACCGAUCCAACAUCAUCUUUGCUGGGGAGGACAAGUGGUCACUGGACCCUCGUGUGGAACUGGUAAACAAGGGACAGCUGGAAUACAGCCUUCGCAUUCAGAAAGUGGACGUGUACGACGAGGGCUCCUACACCUGCUCCAUUCAGACCAAACAGCAGUCCAAGACCUCCAACGUCUAUCUCAUUGUCCAAGUGCCGGCAAACAUUUACAAAGUUUCGGAAGACAUCACUGUGAACGAAGGCAGCAAUGUGACAUUGAGUUGUCUAGCCAAUGGGAGGCCAGAUCCAUCAAUCACCUGGCGACUGCUCAAUCCAUCAGCUGAUUCUCUGGAGGGGGAGGAGUACCUGGACAUAUCUGGGAUCAUGAGGAACCAGGCGGGCCGCUACGAAUGCAAAGCCAGCAAUGACGUGGCUACACCGGACGUGAAAUACGUCAAUGUUGUGGUCAACUAUCCCCCCGCCAUCAAGAAUGCCAAGAGCUCUGAAACACAGGUGGGCCGUAUGGGGAUUCUCCAGUGUGAAGCGGCCGCGGUGCCCAAACCAGAGUUUGAGUGGUACAGAGAUGACAAGAGGCUAUCCAACGCUCAGGGAAUCAGUAUCCAGAUUAUAGGGACCACAACUAUCCUUAUGAUCGCUAACGUUACAGAAGAGGACUACGGCAACUACACGUGCGUCGCGACCAACAGGCUUGGGAUACAAAACGCUAGCGUCUUCCUCUAUAGACCUGGGACGGGUCGCAACAUCAACGGCUCCGCCUGCCUAUCCCAGUCACUGUGGCUCCUGUUGACGUCCGUGGCCUGCCUUCUCUUCAAGUGUUAAUAACACUAACAUCCCUCCACCAUUACUACCCACCCAUUGAGACUGUUUGCAUAAUGUAACAAAAUCCCUGGCGUGCUUCGACACACCAAUCUAGAUAAUAAGAGGAUCGAAUGGGCUUAUUAAUAUGUUUUAGUGAACAAAACUAAAAAAUGAAACGGAGAAAACAGAACAAACAGUGCUCUUUCUAAGAAACAGUUAUUGUCAUUUUAACAUGCUGACGUCUUGCUUUUCCUCUGUCAUAACUUUGUGUUUUGGUUGGGGAGUGUUGGAUGUGGGUUAUCGUGUUUUUUUCCCUCUUGAAUACAGUCUAACCUCCCAAAUGGCAGGGCAUUCAGGUCAAGUACAACUAUUGUGGAUAUUUGAGAGAAGCACUGAGACAUUUGAUUUACUGUUCCUUAAACCCAUACAGUGUAUUUAGACUAAAAUGUCAUUGUAACCAAUACAUUAUCAAACAAUAAUAGGGCAAUAUCUACCAAAAAUCCAAAUGUGUUAAACAUAACAAUAGAUUGUAAACUGACACUUGUCAUAGUAAAAAUGUUGUCAAACAAACAUAAUCCAGUGAACAUUACAAAAGAACAGUAUAACAGGCUAUGUUAUGUUUCUAGUAGACUUGGAAAUUGAUUUCAGUAGUAAAGGGAUCAUAACCAGGUGCAAAUAGCCUCGGAUUGUGCAUUAGAUAUACGGCAACUUGUCUCUUAACGAACUGCCACAUUUUUUGUACGCAUCUGACGAUGAGAAUGCACAAAUAGGAGGCUUCGUUGAGCUACUCAGUACACACCCUCAUAGAAACGCUUGAAAUGUUCAUCUUUAAGGUGAAAAAAGAAGACCUACUUUCAGGACCUUCACCAAACAAAACAUUGGUGAUAUUAGUGUGUUACUAUACAUAAUACAUUUUGUAUUUCUCUAUAAAACAAAUAACUUGUUCCACCCCUGUAACAAGAAGAAUAUUAAUUGCUUGUAUGAUUACGAACCAUUAAACAGUAUAUGCUGUGCAGUUUCUCUAUGGAGAACUGUAUUUAGAAAUUUCAGAAAUAGCCUGCCAUAAUUUGCUUUUAUGUUCUCCAUUUCUUUUUGAGCUAUAACUGCUGGAAUUUAAAUAGAAAUGUAUGACACCAAUGAAUGAUGCUUUUUCUGUUCUACAGGUAUGUGUGUUUUCACAAUGAGAUGUGGAAAUUAAUAAUAUAUGGAUUUUCUUUUUUUUCCAUUUCAGUUAAUGGUGUAUAUACUGUAUUCAGGAAUCCAAUGUCCUUAUAUAAAAAUACAAAUUGAAUAUGUGUCCAUGUUUUUAAAUAGGUUAGUACUUUGUUGACGACAACCUUGUAGUAUUCCAUGGUACUAGCUCCUUGCACCAUGUAAGUAAAGACCAAUAGAGAAAAAUGUUUUUAAGAGGGUUUAAUAAGGUCAAGUUUGUGCAUUUAUUGUACCUUUCUGAUUACAUAAAACACAGUAGUUUGAGUCAGGUACACUGAAGUACUGUAUUUGGUAUUUAGAAUGAAAGCCUUUCAGUAGGGUGAGAUGCAUCAUGGGAACUGGCUGAGAGCUGAAUGCCAAAAAGGAAUAUGACCACCAAUGUAUUCUGAAAUUCAACCCAGGCCAACCAAGGGUCAGGUGUCCCGAUGUGUCUACCGCUAUCUGUCAAGUCAGUGUGUUUACAAAACAAAAUAACUGUAUUGUGAUUAAUGCUAAUCAUCAUUAAAAAACAUCCACCGUUCUUCACUCUGCUUGGGAACCGUGACUGAGUGCAGUGGCUGUCCCCAUCGGCCUUCUCCCAGAGCUCUGGGUCAACAGACUUGCAGUGUGUAAUCAAUGGUGUUAUGCUGAUAAUCGACUGUACCCUCCGUGUGUCACCUAUAUUUUGUCACUAUCCAUAAACAACGACCGCUAGGCCGUACUGUAAAUUGUGCCUCUGGACAGUAGUUAAUUUACAAAAAAUAAUCAUAUUUAGAAAUGAAUAAUCUACCUAUUCACUCUAAUAACGGAGUCUGUAUUAUAAGUAGAUCUGAAGUGUGUUUUUUUAAUGGGAAGGUGUAGAACAAAAUUGUAUCUGCCUGUCUGCCCACUGGCAAAGCUAAAACACUGGCAAAGCAGUGGGCCAGCCUUGUAGACAGCCGUACUUUUCCAAGUGGAGAGGUCCCACCUAAAGGGGCCCUGCGUGCAGUACCUAAUCCCUUAUGACUAAGACCUGGGCCACUAAUGGGGAAGUCCUCUGUCUACCUGGAUUGUUACUAAUAAUGAACAUUGCAUCGUAUUGCUGUAUAAAACGGGUGUGUGUGUGCGUGCAUGGUGUUCUGUUGCUAUGGCUUGAUUUAACCCAUUGAACAAGAUUCAGUACUUACGGCACGAACUACCAGCCACACAGCUCUUCGUCCUACCAAGCUAUGUGAUGAUUCCUCUCAGCUGUAUAUAAAAGGUUUUCUAGGAUCUUUUUAAGUUGACUCUAUCGUUAAGUAUGUUUUGUUGAUAGUACUCGACUGCAAAACACAGGGGGAUGUCCCCUUUGUACUUCCCUUUGUCACAAGAAUGGAAUUCCUAGGCAAUUAUCCAAUCAUUACACUCAGAUGUUGCCAUUUUCUAUUCCAUAUGAUUUAUGGUAAAGUUAUUGCGAUUGAUUUCUAAUGUUACGUAAAGGUAUCCAAGAAAAAUGUUCAAGACACGAAAUGAACUUGUUUGAAUUCAUUGUUCAGUAUUUGAAUGUGGAUUGAAAUGUUGAUGAGUAAUUUUUUUUGGGAGAAUGCUUCAGACAGUAUCUUCCUGGUACAAUUGUGUUAAUCACCAUGUAACAUGCAAAUAAAAGAAUAUAUGUAUUGGUUA